AUGAACAAUUACAAAUACUUAGAAACCAUAAUUGAUAAAUAUGCAAAUCAUUAUAGAAAUGAUUAUGAUAAAAUUAUUCCAAUCUUUCAUUAUAUCAUUAUUGAACAAGAUUUUUUGGUUCAAUAUGAACAUUCAACAUCUGGAAUACUCGACUGGAAAUUCGUGAAUGGUCAUUUUUAUAUUACAUAUACGAAAGCAGAAUUUACCAUUCAAUCUGAUAUUUAUCUUGAAAAAAGCUUAUUUUUGGUCAAUUUUGUAUUUAUGAUAGUUAACAUAUCAUCGUAG